AUGGACUCUGGCACCUCAUUCCGGGCCGCAACCUCCGUCGCCGUUCUGCCAAGCCAAAGCACCGCUCCCGUCAUCAAAUUCCAAUGCCUGUUCACCUACGAUCUGAAACGCAAGGCGAAGCGGUGGCAGGAUGGAUUCCUCCGCUUUCAUACAUUCAAUCGGCGGGUGAUGGUCUAUGGCACAUCCGGUGACUUUGUGGGGGAUUUGCAUAUGCGGGAGAGCAAUACCGUUCAGGAUGGGGACCAGCUAGAGCUAGAGCGGGGUGUUCUAGUGGAUGUGGGAGAACGCUUAGAGAAGACGGAGACUGAUCUGUCCGAGCUAUUGGAUAAGAGAAAAUCGAACUUGGCAGCGUCUCCCGCGAGGAGAGCAUUUCUACAAACCCCGGCCCCUUCACUGAUGACGGCUAAAUCCAAGUCGUUGAACGAAUUGCUAGGGAAGAAUCGUACCCCGAUAGGGAAAGCAGCGCUGCCAACUAAGUCACCUUUUGAUAUACGGCAUGAAACCGGCCGAGAUACCACUGGACAUACUCCGGGCCGGCCCUCCAAAAGAAGAAAACUGUCUCCUCCAGCAGAGAUAGAACAGGAGAACGAUAGACCCCGUGCCAGACCAAAGCACGCAGUAGCCACGGAGGAUCCCAAUGACGUAUCCCUGAGCUUUCAACCGGCUAGUGCGUUGAAGAUAACUCCAUUGAACCGUGCAGAGUCUGGCCGCAAAUCAAGGAAAACUGUCGAGAGCAAUCAAAAGUCAAUCUCGGCCAUGCUUCAGGGGGUUCAAGGAGCAAUGGCCUUUCCGUCUCCAGUAGAGAAUCCACGUAAAAAGCUCAUGUACCUGGAAUUAACCAAGCAAACGAGAGAGGGGAAACCGUCUCAUCGAAAUGCAGCCGCUGGCGGUUCCAAGGGUAUUGCCCCUCGCAAUGGAGUCGAACCCCUUGAGGCAAACACCAGCCAACCGCCACCGCAACCAUCAAAGGGCCAGAAGGACAACAUCGCCCAGUUACCACAACCGCAACCACGGGCAUUCAGUCGAAGCCACUCGGAUGUACCACCUGCCCAGAAUGCUAACAAGCCCACACCACCCCUUAACCCUCCCUCUCCCAGCGGACUUAACCCUGGUCGCAGACAUAUACCCCCUACAAAGGGCCUGCAGAAAUCGUUAUCGGAUACCUCCAUGCUGAGGGCCAGACCAGGCCUCAGUCGGGGGCUACAAACACGCUUAACGACAAUGGGCAACACAUCAGCACCUAGUGACACGAUAAAUGAAGAUGAACAAGGGCCCUGGACGAGUGAGGCCCUGGAUCUAUUUGAUUGGUGGCCACCAGGCCGACCGAAACCGGAGUUGAAGGCCGGUUGA